AUCAGCACUGUAACUGUUUCUUUCUGCUGUUCACACAGACACCAGAGCUUCUGCAAGCAAGCUGGUAUUUUCUUAACAUAUAAGAGACCAUGAAGGAGCUCUAAGGAGCUGCAAUCAGACCAUCAGCACUGUUUUCCUUCCGUUGUUUGGCCAGAUUCAUCAUUUUGUGAUGUUUGGGCGUUUUUGCUGAUGGACCAGAGACGCUUCUGAGGACCUCUAAAGUGGGAUCCCGUUGAUGGUGGCUUGACGGGACUCUGUUUGCAGGGCUUUCUCUCUUUCUCUGUUUUCACUUGUCCAGGCUUUGAGAAGGAGCCAUCAUGAAUCCGCUGUUUAAAGCAUACAAGAGCAAGGUCAUGAAAACCUUCAACCCUGAUGCUGAGGAAGACCCUGCUGAAGAGGUGAUUGAGGCAGCCGAAGAAAUGACACCAGUCCAGCAAGAUGAAGGGCCGAGUACUGUCACUCAGCUCGCUAAAAGAAUGCAGGGAGUUGGGGCGAAAGGGUGGAAAAGUGUGACUGCUCUCUUUAACAAAGAUGAUGAGCACCAGCUUCUGGAAGCAGAACCAGACAGCCAGCCUGCUGCAGACCACCCACUGGCAGUGAAGCCAGAGGAGCCCCCACGGCCCAACAAGCGCGGCACAGGAUUCUGGGAUAGCUUUGCCACAAAGUGGCACCAGGCAGCUGCCAUGAAACAGGCCGAGGCAGCAUCUGCCGCAGCAAUGGAGGCAGGCGGUGAGGGAGGGGUGGAGCCAGGCCUGAGCCAAGAGGAAGGAAUGAAUCAGGGAGGGAUGGAGAACGAGGCAGGAGGAGAAGGAGGGGGGCAUGGCAACAGCUUUUCAAAGUACGCCUCUCUGGGCGGGGCUAAUGACAACACACCCUCCUUCAAAUGGAACUUUGUGACAGGCAAACUGGCUGAGUUAAAAAGCAAAAGCAUGACCAAAAGCAACUAGACCUACAACGGUGGAGGAGAGACGCCAGAGAUGGAAACAGCAAAGCAGAAGCACUAUACCUAGUCAACACCAGCCACAGCGUUACACCAUAAACCUUCACUGUGCACUGGGAUCUGAUGCACACCUAGAUCUCUCCUGGCCACCUAGUUGUGGACAAAUCUCAGCCAUCUGGCAUUUAUUUCUAUAAAGGGUUAAAGAUGUUUCUAUAGGCAGCUCCUCCAGUCUUUGAUUUGACUGGAAGGGCAUCUACACUUCAGACAGUUUAGACUGAUCAGAGUGCUGAAGCAGCCACUUCCUAUUCCUUUCCAUUACACCAAAAAUAUGAAAGCAAACCAUUAGAGGGCACCUGCGAGUAAGUCCUCACUGGUAGUGAACGGAGCAA